CUCGCUCGUCUUUUUAUUGUUUGCUUUUUGUCUUCUCUAACAACGUGUCACUCUCUCUCUCUCUUCAAUGGCUUCAUUUUCUCUCGCCUCUUCUUUUCCCCUUCAGAAACCCAUCCUCUGUUCUUCUUCCCAUUCCCAGCAACACCCUCUUCCCUCAUUUCCCGUCCAUUUGCGGAUCCCCCAAAGAUCCCUUCAACUCCAAAACCCUCUUCUUUUCCCCAAGAUUCCAUUCUCGCGUCACCAAACCAGAGCUACACCAGUUACCAAAGACCUGUGGGAAAGUUCAAUUCUGAAGAGUGAAACCCCAGUCCUUGUUGAAUUCUAUGCAAGUUGGUGUGGCCCAUGCAGGAUGGUCCACCGGAUUAUUGAUGAGAUUGCAACAGAGUAUGCUGGCAGACUCAAGUGCUUUAUACUCAACACAGACACUGACAUCCAAAUUGCUGAAGAUUAUGAAAUUAAGGCUGUACCAGUGGUUUUAUUGUUUAAAAAUGGCCAGAAAUGCGAUUCUGUAAUUGGUACCAUGCCAAAGGAGUUUUAUGUGGCUGCGAUUGAGAGGGUGCUCCAGCCUUAGACAUGGAUCAGUGCAGACAAAACCUCAUUAAAGGAGAUAAACUUUUGCCCUUGCGUGUCAUAUCCAUUUUGGGUUAAAUUUUCAGUUAGCUUGUCAGACUCCUCCACAUUGCUGAGCUUUUGUACAUACUUUGUGUACUUUUUCAGUUUUUCUCCAUAAUAGGUGCGGCCGUGUGAGACUGCUUACGUACUGAAUGGUCAUUUUCAAUCUCUACUUUCAAUUUCUUUCAUUUCCUUUGAAAGGUCUUGUUUAGCUAUAAAGAAUAUCAUAAUUGAAUUUGAAUUUGAU